GUUGAUGGCUUGUCAAUAUUUAUUAAAUAAUUAAAUGUUUUUCGCAUGUAUCAAAUUUAAUCAUUUAUAAAAUUUAUAUAAUAUAUAGGGAAGAGAAAUUGCUUUUAAAUAUAAAUUAAGUUAGUAGAUUUUAUUUAAUAUAUGUUCAAUGAUUUUAUUUCUAAAUAUACGAAUUCAAAUCAUAAAUGUGAUUGCAAUUUAUUUUGUUUGCAUUUGCAAUAAUUUAAUGUAUCUGUUGCAUUGUUUACGCAUGCGUUUAGGCUCUUUUAAUUUUGGCGCCAUCGUGCGUCAUAAAGUUGCAUGAUUCAUUCACAUCACGACACAACCAAUGCGACUCGAUCUGGCGAGUGGCGACUUCGAAAUUCGUGGAAUAACGGAACGGAACAAACAAUGAAUCUAUAACAUUAAGGAUAAAUAAAAUUCGGCGGUCAUAUAUAUAUAUAUAUUUGCAACUGGAUUAGUUAUGAUUUGUGAUAACGAUUAGAAUCGAUGGUCAACUAAAAAGAAAAGUAGUGACAGUUUUGAAAGGAGGCCAACGGGCCAACUUCGUUGUUUAAUUUCGAAGACAAUGAUCAGAUCUACUUGGAAACGUAACAACAGCUGAUUUGUAACAAUUUUUAUCAAGUUUUCUAUCUACUUACCAAUUAAUACUGUACCACAUUGCUCACAUUUGUAAGACAACAAUAAAGGCUGUACCAAGAUUUUUUAUCGUGAUUACAUUUUACUUUAAUGUUACUGGUGAUUGACACCGAAAAAAUAAGACUGUGACGAGAAAACAAACAUUCCAGAGGGCAGCUCUAACUAUAUUUGAAAGUACUGAAUUCUAGUCUGCAAGUCUUUUCGAUAAUUUUUUAAAGAAUCAGGAACAAAAAAUAAUUUUUGAGUGAAUUUUAUAAAAGUCUAUGGGGAAAAGCACACAAAUGGAUGUCAGCAGUGAUUAUGAAAGUGAUCAUCCGUUGAUUCAACAUCCAAGAAGUAUAGUACAUAUAGAUAUCGAUUGUUUUUAUGCUCAAGUUGAAUCAGUACAACAUCCUGAAUACAAAGGCAAACCUCUUGGAGUACAACAAAAAAAUAUAGUAGUUACUAGUAAUUACGAGGCAAGAAAAUUUGGUAUAACAAAAUGUAUGUCAGUGAAGGAAGCUUUAGCUUUGUGUCCAAAUUUACUGCUAAUUCGUGGAGAAGAUUUGACACCUUACAGAAGAGUAUCUGUUAAAAUUUUUGAGCUGUUACACCACUUUUCACCUUUAGUUGAAAAAUUGGGUCUCGAUGAAAAUUUCAUUGAUAUUACGUCAUUAGUCAAUGAACGCAUUUCAAACACUGCUACAAAAUCCACAAGUGUGAAUGGAGAUGAGAGCAUGACCCAAGAAAAAAUAAAUUGUACAGUGCAGAAUUCCGAGCAAUGUAAGUCUGUUGGUGAAAUUUUUGAGAUUCCAGAAGAAAACUGUCCUUGUGAAUGUCAUACUCGUUUAGCCAUGGCAACUAAUAUUGCCAUGGAUAUAAGAAAUAAAAUACACAAAGAGUUAGGACUUACGUGUAGUGCAGGAAUUGCACAUAACAAGUUGUUGGCUAAAUUAGGAGGUGCUUUAAAUAAACCUAAUAAACAAACUUUAGUUUAUCCGUGUUCUGCAACAGCGUUAUUAUCGUCUCUGGGUUCAGUUUUGAAAAUACCUGGUGUAGGGCGCAGAACCGCAGAGUCUUUAACUGCAAAUAAUAUUACAACUGUUGAUGAUAUUCGAAAGACACCUUUAGAGAGAUUGCAAGUUAAGAUUGGAAAGGAACUUGCACGAAAAAUUAAGGAUUAUGCAGAAGGUAUUGAUGAUGCUCCAGUAAAACCAUCUGGAAGACCACUUUCAAUUGGUUUAGAAGAUGGAUUUAAAAAAGUUUCUUUAGUAGAUGAAGUAGAAUCGCGCCUCAGUGCUUUAUUAAGAAGAUUAACCGAGUUAGCUGCUGAGGAUGGAAGAAUUCCUAUUUGUAUGAAAUUAACAGUACGGAAGCAAGAUAGUUUAAGUAAACCAAGUUCAUCAACAGGUAAACGAGAAAGUAGGCAGUGCCCACUGCCAGCUCAUCUUGUACCAUCCAGUAAAGGUUCGAAAGGAAGUUCACUUUAUGACCAUGCAAAAAUUUUAGCACUGGCUAUGAAAUUGUUUCAUCGUGUUGUUGACGUGACUAAACCGUUUAAUCUAACUCUUCUUGGUCUAGCUUUUACAAAAUUUCAAGAAGAAAAAUCGGGUAAAAGUAGCAUUGCUUCGUUCUUACGAAAACAGGUUGCUGUACAAUCUGUUAUUGAUAUUAGCUCGGAAGAUGGUUUCUCUGACACAAGUUUAGGCUCUCCGAUGAGCACUAAUCAGACGGAAAGGAGCGAUUGCGAGGAGGAAAGCGAUGUUGAGUUUAGAGAAAACAAAGAUUUUGGAAAUAAAGUACAAUUGCAGUCUACUUCUUGCCACCGCAUCAGAAGCUUAGAUAGAGCAACUCCAAGUCCGAUUGACGUUCGUAAUAGCGGAGAAGAUGAUGAAGAUUUACUUAGUGAGGUAGAGCCAUCGCCAAAGAAAACCAAGCUUGAUGUUUGGCUCGGUGGUAGAAGAGGAUCGCCAAGUAACGAAAUGGCUGAUUUGAGACUUAAUACCCCAUCGUCUUCUCCAAUAUCAAAAUCUUUAUUACAAACUGGCCCGAUAUCAUUUAAACCAGCGAUACCUAUUGAUCUUGAAAAACAAAUGCAUACCUGGCCAGCUAAUGCUAACAACAAAAAAUCAAACGACAUAUUUAAAUUUUUUAUAGCGAAUAAGUGACUAACGUAACAACGAGUAAAUCAUUUUUAACUCUAAUCAAACUUUACAAAAAUAAGUUUUCUACUACUUUUUUACACAUGAAAGGGUGAAGUGUUAUUGAAAGUGUAGUAUGCAAAUAUCACCUAUAUUCUGUACUUCCUGCAGGGCAGGGUAAAUGAACAAAUGUAGCAGUUCAAGAAAGCUGCAAGAUUACUUUAUACUUACUGUUAUAAAAAGUUGCGCAUAAAUAACUUGUGUACAAAUAUUCUCGAUUAUUUUCAGGUCGUGAGAGUUGAUAUAUAUUAAAACAAAUGUCAAUAUUUUUUACAACAAGAGUUAUAUUGAAAAAUGUAGUAUUGAAAAUAAAU